AUGAAUUCUGCCAUUGACAGCGAGGCGACCUUCACGGCCCGGGCCCUCGAGCUUGGCAUGGAGAAGGGCUUCUUAGACUUGUUGAUCAAGGCCAAUGUGAAGUCCCUGGGUGCGCUGGCUUUCGUCAGCCCGUACCAGAUCGGCCAAGCUGAUGAGAAGCCCCUGAUUGAUGCUGUCCGGGAUCUCAUCCGGCGGGAUGUCACUACGCGGGAGCUCAUCCCGCUUCGACGCUUGUGGUUCGAGGCUAGCACAACCGUCAUGGGUGAGCUCAAGCAAAAGGUUGAGCGUCAGGACUCGGCUGAGCCUAUUCGCCUGACCAUAGCCGAGAGGACCACGAGGCUGGAGGAGCAGAAGAAGCGUCUCGUGGGGGUUUGCAUCACGAGUGAGUCCGAACCGUCUCAUCGCCUCGUGGACCUUGUUUUCCAGCAGGGUGCUGAUCAGCAACUUUCUUGGAUCCCCUGGGAGCGUCUGACUAGCAGGGCUCAUGAGGUUACCCACUCUCGCAGUGACCUCGGGCUUCAAUUCGAUGCUGCUGGAAAUCUCCGCCUCGCCAAGAAGAUGCAGGAGAGCUCCUGCACGCUUAGCGGGGAACUACAAAUCCGCCAGGCCCUUCAGAGGCGCGCUCUGGCGUACGACCUCGCUCGUUUGUGUGAUUUCUCGGCCAUGGAGUUGUACCACGAGGAGCUCUUCUUCUUGCUGACUCGAAGCCCCCCGCAGGGCUGUCUCUACGUCACCAUGGCCCAGGUCCGCGAGUCCGACAAACAGCUUUUCGUCCGGCUAGCUGAGAAGACUCGUGGUGCUUUGACUGCUCGCCCAGAUGGCUCUAAGCCUUUGCAGGUGCAGCUCGAGGCCCUAAAGAGCCACCCCCAGGUCCAGUUCUGCCUCAUCCCGGCUCCGAAAUCGGCCCGCUUCCAGCCCUACGAGCCGCCUGAGGGUCGCUCCGACCGUGCCGCUGGUGGCAAGAAGGGGCAGCCUCCCAAGGGCAAGGGGGCCCAGACCUCGGGUGGGGGUGGCAAAGGUCCCUCCACCCCCUUCGAGCUGCCGCCGGGCUGUUCUUCUCAACAUGAGGGCAAGCCUGCAAACGCUGCCGUCGAGGCCUGCACGUAUGCUGGAAGUGUUUCGCGCCGCAUUCCUACACUGCCUGUCUUCCACUCUUUGCCGGGUGAGGAGGCCCCUCGCAGCGGCUCCACCGAUCAGAGCCGUGUUUUCCAGGCGGGGGCGUAUGUGCAUGGUGCGUUAACUGGUCUGCGUCGCUCGUGCUCCUUGUAUCCAGAGGCAAUUAGAACAUUUUGCUCUUUUAUUUGUGAAAAGACUCCUCCGGAGUUCGUGUUUAGCAACAUUGCAAUUUUCCAGAACCUGCGUACUGAGCUGCAUCGGGAUAAGAAUAAUUUAAGGGCUACUUUGAACUUCGCGGUGGCCAUUUCGGCCUUCGAAGGGGGCCAAGUUUGGAUUCAGGCUGAUCCCGCAUCCUCGAAGUCGGGCAUUUUGCUCGAUGUGACGGCCCAGGGCGUCUACUUCAACGCCCGUGAGCGCCUUCAUUGCACAUGUCCAUGGACCGGCUCACGCGUGGUCGUCGUUGCCUUCAGCCUGCGUGGCUCCGAUUGCCUGCCCAAAGCAGAAGCCUUGACCCUUAGUUCUUUGGGGUUUAGGGUCCCUUCCCCUGGCGUUGACAACAGUCACUUGGAGUCCUCUGGCCGCCCCUGCUCCGAGCCGCCAACUGAGGUGCCGCCUCCCUUUCGGUUUAGGCCCCCUCCCCCGGGUAUAGUCCCCAUGUGCACCCCCGCUGAGACCUCUUGGUCCGCGGGCUCCUCAGCAGCCACCCCCGCGCCCUCGAGCUCCUCCCCUCCGUGCACCCCCGCUGCGGCCUGCUUGCCCGCGGGCCCCGACCCGCCCGGCGUUGCCGCCUUCCCUCCGGAGCCGCCUGGGGGCAACUUGGCAGCUCCGACGUUUGUUGAGCUGUUUGCUGGUUGCGCUCGUUUCAGCUCUACUUUCGCAGCCGCUGGUGUGCCCGCGUUGGCGGUGGACGGCCCCCGAAAUCAGCACAGGCCUUUGCAUCCUGUCUGGACGCUCGACCUCACCGUGCCCCUUUGUCAGCGCCUUUUGCGUGAGCGCCUUCUCUCUGGGCGCCUUUUGGGCAUUCACCUUGGCCUCCCGUGCGGAACUGGCAGCCGCGCUCGAGAGAUCAAGCUCCCAGCUCAUCUUUUGCGAUCCGGCGCACCGCAGCCUCGCCCCUUGCGCGAUGCUACAUACUUGCUGGGCCUUCCCGGCCUUUCCUCUGCCGAGCAAGCCAAAGUUGACGCGGCAAAUGAACUCUGCCGCUUCGUUGUUUCCCUGCUGCUGGACGCAUAUGCCAAAGGCUGGACCGUGACCAUAGAGAAUCCGGUGAACUCCUGGAUGUGGAGUGUUCUCGCCUUGUUUGUUCGGCAGACCGGGAAGCGUGCUUUUCAGAGCUGGUAUGCAAGCUUGUUCCAUGUUGACUUUGACCAGUGUAUGUGGGGUGGCCAUCGAAAAAAGGCUUCUCGCUUUCUCACCUCCGCAUCUGAACUGAGAGGGCUCGUGGCUCCCUGUGACGGUCGGCACACACAUGCACCCUUUCAGAUCUACCGCAAGGCGGGGGGCUGGCAGUUUGAGACCGCUCUGGAGGCCGAGUAUCCCGCUGAGCUGUGCUUGCAGUAUGUCUCUCUUCUUGGGGCCCGCCUGAGCCUGCCUGCACCAGCCCCCAGGCGGCCUCUACUCCGCCAACCCCGCCGCCGUCCUCCGCUGGUGCCCGAGUACAAGUUUUUCACUCAUGUUCGCCCCCUUGAGGGUGAGUUUCGCGAGCUCUCUUCUGAGGGGGGAGGAGACGGGAGCCGCUCAACUUUUGCAGUCCUGCAUACCAAGCAGGAGUUUAUGGCCAAGGCCUGUCAGGUACCGCACCCCUUUGAUGCAUCUGACUCCAUAGACGACCAGGUCAAGAGGAACAUUUUUGAACUGUUCACUGGUGGCUUCAUGCCUUCGGCCAGGAAGAGGCUGUCUAUGCAGAAACGUCUGGCCGCCAUGAAAAAGGAGCUGGCGGUGGAGGAGCGGCGCCACCAGGCUUCACUUCCUCCACAUGCCCAGGCGGUCCUAAAGGGCAAGAACAUCCUUCUUUGGCGCAAGCUGCUCGUGGAGACAGGCUUCCCCGACCUGGACGCCCAGGAGCUCAUGGAGGGGGUCCCCUUGAUAGGAAGGCCAGCGAAGUCGCCGCUCUACGACUGGAAAGAGAUCCCCGCAACUUGCACUAGGGAGGACCUCCUCGCUUCCUCAGUUUGGCGGAACGAGAUGCUUUCGGGAAAAGGGGCUGUGGGAGAUGAUGCUGAUCUCCUGCACAAGGUCUGGCUGGCCACUGAGAAGGAGGUGGAGAAAGGCUACCUCAUUGGCCCCUACGAGUCCCUCGAAGACGUCAAGGCAACCCUGGGCGCAGAAGAGGUUUGCUGCAGCAGGCGUUUUGGUGUUCGCCAGGGCUCCGGGGAUUCUGAGAAAUGCAGGCCCAUAGAUGACUACAAAGAGAGCGGGGUUAACACGGCCUACCAUGCUGUGGACCUACUUCAGUUGCAUGACGUCGACUACCUAGUCAACCUCUGCUGUUUCGUGGCGAACGCUGCUCAUGACGACGGCUUCACCAGGGUAGGGCUGUCGGAUGGCUCGACGCUCGUGGGGCGUACACAUGGUGAUCUUCUGGGGGGGGUCAAGUGGCUGGGGCGUUGCUUGGACCUGGAAAAGGCCUAUAAGCAGAUCCCGGUUAUGGCCAAAGACCUCGUCUUCGCAGUCUUGAUGGUUUGGGAACCUGGGUCGGGCUCGUGGAAAUACUUCAUCUCCAGGAGCCUCCCCUUCGGAUGCUGCGCGGCGGUUUACGGUUUCAAUAGGGUUUCUAGGUCGUUGCUGCACCUGGCCCUGCAUCUCGCCGGCAUGAUCGGCGGGGUCUAUUUUGACGACUUCCCUUUGCUUGAGCCGGCCCCCACUGCAAGGAUGGGCUCCCUCGCCAUCGAGUGCCUUCUGGACGCCCUGGGUUGGUCGUACGCAGUGGGUGAUGACAAGGGCCGCCCCUUUGAAGAGACCUUUGACCUGCUUGGCAAGCGACUCAGUGUUGGGGAGCUUCUCGCUGGUCAGGUGGCCUUGGCAAACAAGCCUAGCCGCGUUGAGAAGAUCCGAGCCCAGGCUUCAAGGAUGGCAUCCUCAGGCUGCGUCACUCGCAGGGAAGCAGCCUCCCUGCACGGCCAACUGAACUUCAUGGUGGGCUUCGCGGCUGGACGAGCCAUGAAGAUAGCCUGCAGGGCCCUGGCCAACAUCUGCUACAUGAACCGCUCUCCCUCCGUGGAAGAGGUGAAAUCGCUGGGGCGCUUCAUCCUGAAGACACUCUCUGAUGCACGUCCGAGGACCUUCUCACUCCGGGCGCAGGGGAGCCCGGUCUCCAUCUUCACUGACGCGUCCUACGAGAAAGGCGUCGCCCGCUGGGGGAUAGUUCUGCUGGACCAGAGCUCCAAUAGAAGAGGGGUGGCAGCGGGCGAGAUCCCGCCCAAGCUUGUGGACUUCUGGCUGGCAGAGGGCAUCGAGCAGGUCAUCUCUCAGGCGGAGGCCUACGCGCUGGUUCUCUCGAGGCGGGCCUGCGCCUCGGAACUGGCCGGGAAGAGGUGCAUCUUUUACGUGGACAAUGACGCCGCCAGGUACACUUGCAUUAAGGCCAGCAGCUCCUCUCGUUCUCUACUGAACUUGGCAUGCCUCUUCUACGCCAGCGAGUCGGCUGACGGCAUCGUGUCUUGGAUUGAGCGCGUUCCUUCUGCAAGCAACGUGGCCGACCUCCCUAGCAGGGGGGAAGCUGCGUUGGCAGCGCAGAUGAUUGGAGGUCAGGUCGUCGACUUCUCUCAGGCUGCGCAGCUUCUAGCAGGUGAGUGCAUGGACCUGAGCGACCUUCCCUGGGACCUCCUCUCGUCCUCGAGCGGAAACCUUUGGCCGUUCUUUAGCGAACUCUUGAGCACAUUUGUCAAUUUUUCCCACCCACCCACCCGGGGGGAGAUGACGGGUCCGUUGAGGGCAGUGAGUACAAUCUCCGUAUGGUCCCUGGACUCUUUGGCAGGGUCCGUCGAAGGGCAGGGAGCUUUAUGUCCCAUGAGCCCUUGUGCCCAGCCUUACCUUUUGAAAGUUCCCCUGAUCCGAGGCAACUCGCAGCUCACGGGUCCCGAACCUGACGACGCAUCUAGCACUGGUCCGUCUUGCAUGGAGUUCGAGGAUUCUCUUUCUGGAUCGUCUUCCGAAGACUCGUACCUGGAGUUUCCUCGUCUUCCCCCCUUGGAAGUGGUGCGCAUUCGACCUCGUGCCUUUUACACGGAUCUCCUGGCUCGUCGCAUAGCUCAGAUCUCCAGUUUGUGGACUUUCAUUGCUGAUCCUGACCUUCGUGGUACAUUGAUCAGCGAGCGGGAGGGCGCUCGCAUUUUGGCCUUGCUGCCUCUGCGUGCGUGGUAUCGCUUGACAGCCGCUUGCCGAUGGUCCCACGCUUGCGUCCGCUUCCUGCUGACGCUUCGGACUUCUGAAGGGGGCCGUGACGGCCCUUCGGGAGAAGCCGCAGACUUCCAGGACGUUGCUGGCAGCCAUUUGGGGGAAGCCCCUGACGCCUUGGAGUUUGCUUGCAGGGAAGCUGAUGAAAUUUUGAAUGCUGUGUUUGAAAACGGUGGCGAGGGUCUCUUUGACCAACAAGAAGCUGGAGAAUUGGCUGGUGGCCUUACGCCAGAAGCUGAUGGAUCGGAUGUCAGGGGCUCUUUUUCUGAAGUUGAUUUUCAUGAGGAUGAGUGGUAUUCCGAAUGCAGAGAUGACAGCCCAGGUGCGGAUUUGGAGCAGUCGGUGCGUGCUCACUCAGUCGGGGAGACAGACGAUGAGGGCGGUUUGAGUGAUGCUCUUGUGCUAGAUGACGAAGGGCAAGCUCGAGCCGACAAUUUUGUGCAUCGGGUGUGGAACCGAAAGGACUUCGCCAGUAUCAAUGUCUUCGGUGCCAAAGACUGUCUGGAGGGUCCCGUUGUCAAGAAGCCCGACACCGAGACCAGAAACAUGCUUGUCUAUGAUGUGGAGUGCUCCGAGCUUGGUAUGGCGCUGGCCUCGGACUUUGAGUCGAACCUGGAUGAUGCAGCCGCAAGCAGAUCUCUCAGUGACUCUUUCGCUUCGAAGGCAACAGGAACUUUGAGGAAGCGCAGUGGCUCGCUGUUCAGGUACUUCACAUGGGCGCUUCGGAAUGGAAUCCAGUCUCCUUUUGCAGCCUCUGAGACCGACAUAUACGCAUAUGUGUCCAUGCUCAGGGACUCGGCGAGCAGUGCAACUAGUGCUUCGCAUUUCCUCGAGGCGCUGAACUUUCUGCACAGUGUCGUCAAGUUGAAGCACAUGAUUCCUUCGGAGGUCAUCUCAGCGAGGAUCUCCGGUGUCUCCAAGACCAUGUACGAGACUAAAGAGCCACUGAAGCAAAAGCCCCAACUCACUGCGAAUGCCGUCAGAGCAUUAGAACGUCUUCACAUGAAGCUGGAAAGCCGGGAGCAAGCCAUCUGUGGACAGCUGCUUUUCUGCAUCCAUAGCAGUGCUCGGUGGAGCGAUGGGCAAAGGGUUUGCAAAAUCGAGCUGCAAGUCGACGAUCGACAGGAUUUGUUGGUUGCCGAAGCCAUCACUUCAAAGUCUACGCUGACAAAGGAGUCACGAACUCGUCUGCUGCCCUACGUCGCUUUGGGAAAAGGUUUGACUGGAGAGCGAUGGGGAAACGAAUGGCUGAAUGCUAGAGUGGCGGAAGGUUUGGACGAAUGCGAUGGACAAUUCAUGCUACCUAGCUGGUCCUUCAGGACAGACUCCUGGGGCGACGUGGAGAUGAGUGCAGCUGAGGCAUCGUUCUUCUUGCAAGAUUUCUUGAUCCGAGGAGGCAUACCUGAGGGGGAGGCCCUGAUUAGCCUCUCACAGCAUGAAGACACUCUCACGACUUGGUGCUCGCGAAGUUCGGUGGUCGUGUUCAAGCCAAUGGAACAGCGCCUAGUGGGGCAUCACUUCAAGCCCAAGGACAAGUCACCCUUGACUUAUUCGCGACAAGCCUAUACGAAGCUUUACGGCAAAAUCAUGGCUCUCUUUUCUUUUCCACGAUCGAAGAGGGAACCUUUGACACUGAUCUCUCGGAAGUUGGACGAGUGGUGUCUGCUGCAGAUGACUUUCGAAAGGAGGGGCGCCAACUCGACCCGCCGGCUGUGGAGCAGCAGCGGGAUGAUCAGGCAGCCCUUUGGCGACGAUGUGGAUGCAGAGGAGAUUUGGGUGCAUCUUGAAUCGGGCAUUUCCCAUGUGCUUAGAGGUCAGGCCUUAAGCAUCGAGGACAUGAAGAUGCGCCUCGAGCCUAAGCCCGAUGGCCUCAUCAAGAAAAUGCCCAUGGCCGAACGGGCUGCCCGCCAGGCCGACCUGGAGGCUCGAUUGGGAAGGCUAGUCUUUGCUCCCGAAACCUUGCCCUCCAAUGAUGUUGUUGACCAACUUGUUGACAUGCUUGAGAUGGGUGCUUUGACCUACCUGCCCCCUUACAAGUACACUUCUCGUGCUCAAGAAAUCCGCAUGGUGAAGCGUGAGAAAACGCUCACUCUUGACUCAGACGGUCAGCUUAAGAUUGCACAGAAGCGACAGCGGUUCGUGUGUGUGGACGAGGCUUCCACUUGUGUUGGCGCAUCGGCUGCCAUGGUGAGCAUGCAGGCCAAUGCCCGGGGCGACGAUCCUUCUGCGGGUGCCCAAGCCUCACAUCCCGCUGAAGUGUUGGCACGCACAUUUUUAAAGAAUUCAUCCAUCAGUGAACAAGAAAUUCUUCGUUUGGUCGAGCAGAUGCCCCUGAGCAAAUCUCGGCGUGACUCUUUUAAUGACAAGUCUUUCGGAGUUGGCAUGUGGGUCCACGGCCCUAUGGUCGGCGUUCGGCGGCUGACCCACCUUUUCCCUUCCAUGGCCCGUUGCUUGUGUCGCUUCGUGCGUGAGCGGUGCCCCGCUCAUACAUUCACCACAAUCCUCGUUUCAUCCGAUUCUCAAUCCGAUCUCCAUGUGGAUACACACAAUGACAAGUCCUCGGUCAAUGUUGUGUUCGCCUUAACCAAAUUCAAGGGAGGCCAGAUCUUCCUGGAGGAUGCCACUGGCCAGGCGGUCUACUCGCAUGCUUCUGGGCGAGUUCGCGGCCGCCUGCUUGAUGUUGCGUCCCACUUUCAGCAAUUUCCCGCUUGCACGGUGAGACAUGCAGUUCUGCCUUGGUCUGGUCACCGAUGUGUCUUGAUUGCGUUCUCUGUCAGGGACAGCAAAUCGUUGGGCGCCGAUUUCACUAACUUCCUUUUGGACUUAGGCUUUCGGUUACCCUAUCCCCCUAACGCUGUCCAAGAGCCCCCUGCUGCUCGCUCGGUCCUUUACGAGCUCUUCGCGGGAUCCGCUUCGCUGUCCCGUGCCUGCAUCGACAGCGGUUUCUCGGUCAUUGCUGUGGAUCACCAGCCGCGGUGUCCUCUUGCUCCGGUGGUCCGCUUCGAUCUUUCCAGUGACCUUGGCCAGCAACUCUUGUGGCAGCAGUUUGAAGCCCAUCCUUUUGGUUUCCCCGACUUUCCCUACACGCCCCUCGAGCGUGUCAAGCUUGACAAGGCAAAUUGUCUCUUUAAGCUGGUUUAUCGGGUUUUGCGCUGGGCUCUCAAACACAAUGUUUUCCUGAGCAUUGAGAACCCAACCAAUAGCUGGUUCUGGAGCGUGCUUGCUGCUCUGGCAAGAGAAGACCCCGACCGCACGGUCGCCGAGGCGUGGCCUGGUUUGCAUUCCGUGGUAUUCGACACUUGCAUGCAUGGCAGUGCUCGACGCAAGUCCACAAAGCUUCUCACCAACUGUGCCGCUUUGGUGCCCUUGGCCGCCGUCUGCGACGGCGGCCAUGCCUCCUGGGGUCUUGCUAGGAGUUCUAAGGGUUGGGUUUAUUCAACGCAUCUUGAGGCCACUUAUCCCACCGUCCUGUGCGUUCGGUGGGCCAAGCUUCUUCUUGCUGAGUUCGGCCCCAAACUUCCUCUGGCUCCGCCAAGUCUUCGGUUGAAAGCUUUGCAGGCUCUUGGGCGACAAUUUCGUAAGCAGCCUCCCUUGAUAUCCGAAUUCCGAGCCGUGCAGCUCCUUCCUCGGGACGCUGUCCCUCCAGAAGCCAAAAUACUCUCACCCAGCCUCAUGAAAGGGGUCCCUCCGAAGGCUGUGCGUGAGUGGCUCUCCAACCCCGAAGCCGACCUCGAGGCUGAGUUGCUGACGGGGAAGGAAAAGGAUCCUGAGGAGGAUGCAUCCGGCUGCCUUUCCCCUGAAACUAGUGGUUGCGGCGCAAACCAGAGAGCGCUAAGCAGGUGGAUGGAAGAGGCCGGCAAGUUGAGCCAUCCUGUGGACAACGGGAACCUUCUGCCCGAUCUUGUGGAGCAAGCGAUUAAGGCCAACGUAUGCGAUGACCCUAAGUCCCUCACCCUAAGGCGUAAGCUCUCUCUGAUGAAGCUUAAGAUCCUUGUUGCCCAGUGUGCCAAAGAUGAAAGUUUGCUCAAGCAGGCAAUGCCCCCGUGGCGCCGGCAGGUCAUGCAGUGCAAAAACAUUUUGGCUUGGGAGAAGUUUUUGGGUCAGUUUGACUAUGACGAUAUGGGGGUAGUCAACAUCCUGAAAAAUGGCGUGGAUCUGGUAGGGAUCUCUGAGUGUCCCCCUUGCUACGACCUCAAGCUGAAGCGCGCGACUUGCUUGGAGUCAGAAGUUAGGGAUUCCGCCCUCCUGCGCCAGGCAUUGCUUGCGUCACCCCGAGAGAUGGAAGCUGCUAUGUUGCAAUCCUUGCUUGAAGAGACGCAGGCAGAGGCAAAGGCUGGAUACCUAGAAGGACCGUUUGCUACCGAAUCGGAGGUGAGCCAGGCCUUAGGCACUUCUGAAUGGGGGGUGAUCAGGCGGUUUGUCAUUCGCCAAGGAGAAAAGAUGAGGCCGAUUGACGAUGCUUCCGAAGCUUCUCUGAAUGCAGCCUACACGCAAACAAUAGGGUUGCAGCUCCAGGACGCGGAGUUCUUGGGUGCAAUGUGCGUUCGCAUCAUGCAGCUUUCUCGAGAGGCAAGGCCCGGCAGUCCCAAACACGAUUGGGACAGAGAUUUAGCGGUGCUUGCGAUUCAGCGCGAAGGAGGUGGCUGGACCUUCUUUGUCUGCAACUCGUUGCUUUUCGGGUCAGCCGCUGCAGUUUAUGCCUUUCAGCGGGUGAGUAGAAGCAUCCACUUUCUGUUGGCGAAAGCAUUGGCCAUUCCUUGCAGCUACUUCUACGACGACUAUCCAAUGCUUUGCCCUUCAUCGUCGGCGCAGGAAGUGGACGCCUGCGCUAGCGAGAUGCUGACGCUUCUAGGUUGGCAUCAUGCCAAAACAGGCGAGAGCGCGAAAGGACUGCCCUUUGCGAGCACUUUCGAGGUUUUAGGCAUGAAGGUCGACUUGGGCAGCCUGAGUGAGGCAAGGCUUGUCAUGACUAAUAAGCCGGGAAGAGUUGAAAAGCUGGCAACCCGCUUUCAAGAGGCGCGGGAUCAAGGCUACGCGAGCAGACAUGAGUGCCAGGUGUUGUUGGGUUUGCUGCGGUUCGCUUCGGGUUACUUUGGGAGCCGCGCUUUGAAGUAUGUUUGCAACGAUCUGAAUGGCAUUGCCAACCGUGGCGAAGCUGUCACGCAAACUGCUUUCAGAAAGUUGUGCACACGUGCGUUGCAGGCUUUGAACUCCGCACCACCUCGUGUCAUCACGCUGCAUGACGACAAUGCACUGGUGCACAUCUACACAGAUGGGUGUUGGGAAAACCAGUUCGGCGGUGUGGGCGCAGUCCUUUACGACCCCUUGAACUCCUGGGGGGAGGUGCUGCAAGGAGAAGUGCCCAAACCACUGCUUGAGAAGUGGCAGCUACACAUCGAGAUGUUCGCCGUAUGUGCAAUAAGGCAGAAGUUCAAGGACGUGAUUGCAGGGCGGAGAGUGUUGAUUUGGGUAGACAAUGAGGGCGCCCGACUGUCUCUGAUAAAAGGUUCUAGCAGGUCGGAUGCCCUUGAUGCAAUGAUCCGAAUAUUCGCCGAGGUCGAGGACACGCACCCGGCUUAUGUUUGGUUGUGCCGUGUCCCCUCCAAAUCAAACCCAGCAGAUGCACCAUCGAAGCCCCCGGCUCAAGUCGUUUUCGUGUGCUCGUCUUAG